AAGAAGAAGAAGAAGAAGAAGCAGCAGCGGUAGCGGUAAUAAGUCGCAUUCAGAGGAACACCAGCAGCAAAACCAUGGAGGAAACCGCAAAAAAGGAGAAAAAGCAGGCCGAGACCAAGGAGGAGAAGGACAAACAACCGGCGGGGAAGGAUAAAGAUAAGAAAGAGGAGCAGGAGCUGUCAGAAGAAGACAAACAGCUUCAGGAGGAGUUGGAGAUGCUUGUGGAAAGACUGGGUGAGAAGGACACGUCUCUGUAUCGUCCCGCUCUGGAGGAACUGCGGCGUCAGAUUCGCUCCUCCACAACUUCUAUGACAUCUGUGCCGAAACCGCUCAAGUUCCUGCGACCACAUUACGCCAAACUCAAAGACAUCUACCAGAACAUGACGGCAGGAGAGAACAAGCAUUUCUGUGCUGACGUGGUGUCCGUUCUGGCCAUGACGAUGAGCAAUGAGCGAGAGUGUCUGAAGUAUCGUCUGCUGGGCUCACAGGAGGAGCUGGCAUCCUGGGGACACGAAUACGUCAGGCAUCUUGCAGGAGAAGUGGCUAAAGAAUGGCAGGAGAUCGAGGAAGGGGAUAAAGCUCAACAGGAAGUCCUUCUGAAGCUUGUCAAAGAGAUCGUCCCGUAUAACAUGGCCCAUAAUGCCGAGCACGAGGCCUGUGACCUCCUGAUGGAGAUCGAACGACUCGACAUGUUGGACUCGUACAUUGACGAAAACGCCUACGCUAAAGUCUGCCUUUACCUGACCAGCUGUGUGAGUUAUGUCCCUGAACCGGAGAACUCUGCGCUGCUGAAAUGUGCGCUCAACAUCUUCCGUAAGUUCAACCGUUACCCAGAAGCCCUCAGACUGGCACUCAUGCUGAACGAUGUGGAGCUGGUGGAGAACAUCUUCACUUCCUGCAAAGACAUUGUGAUCCAGAAGCAGAUGGCAUUCAUGUUGGGUCGUCAUGGCAUGUUCCUGGAGCUCAAUGAAGACGUGGAGGAUUAUGAGGAUCUGACAGAGAUCAUGUCCAACGUGCAGCUCAACAGCAACUUCCUGGCCCUCGCUAGAGAGCUGGACAUUAUGGAGCCGAAAGUUCCAGAUGACAUUUACAAAACACACCUGGAGAACAACCGGUUUGGUGGCAGCGGCUCUCAGGUGGACUCGGCUCGUAUGAAUCUCGCCUCCUCAUUUGUAAACGGCUUUGUCAAUGCUGCGUUCGGACAAGACAAACUGCUCACAGAAGACGGAAACAAGUGGCUGUACAAAAACAAGGACCACGGGAUGCUCAGCGCUGCGGCGUCUCUGGGAAUGAUUCUGCUGUGGGAUGUGGACGGUGGACUCACGCAGAUCGAUAAAUAUCUUUAUUCAUCCGAGGACUACAUCAAGUCUGGUGCUCUGUUGGCGUGUGGAAUCGUGAACUCUGGUGUUCGUAAUGAAUGUGAUCCUGCUCUCGCUCUGCUGUCUGAUUACGUCCUGCACAACAGCAACAUCAUGAGGAUCGGGGCCAUUUUUGGGCUCGGUCUGGCAUACGCCGGCUCUAACAGAGAGGAUGUGCUUUCUCUUCUACUUCCUGUCAUGGGAGACUCCAAAUCCAGCAUGGAGGUAGCAGGAGUGACGGCUCUGGCAUGUGGGAUGAUCGCUGUGGGUUCCUGUAACGGUGAUGUCACUUCCACCAUCCUGCAAACCAUCAUGGAGAAGAGUGAGCAGGAGCUGAAGGACACGUGCGCACGCUGGCUGCCGCUCGGCCUUGGGCUAAACCACCUCGGUAAAGGUGAGGCGAUCGAGACGACGCUGGCCGCUCUUCAGGUGGUCCCCGAACCAUUCCGCAGCUUCGGAAACACACUGGUGGACGUCUGCGCAUACGCAGGCUCCGGUAACGUGCUGAAGGUGCAGCAGCUGCUCCACAUCUGCAGUGAACACUUCGACAACAAAGACAAAGACGACGACAAAGACAAGAAGGACAAGAAGGACAAAGACAAGAAAGAGUCCGCAGACAUGGGCUCGCAUCAGGGUGUAGCGGUGUUGGGAAUCGCUCUCAUUGCUAUGGGUGAGGAGAUCGGCUCAGAAAUGGCCCUGCGCACGUUUGGUCACCUGCUGCGUUACGGUGAGUCCACGUUGCGGAGGGCCGUCCCGCUGGCGCUCGCUCUUAUCUCCGUCUCCAACCCGAGGCUCAACAUUCUGGACACACUCAGCAAAUUCUCCCACGAUGCCGAUCCUGAAGUCUCACACAACUCCAUCUUCGCCAUGGGCCUGGUGGGCAGCGGCACAAAUAAUGCGCGUUUGGCAGCGAUGCUCAGACAGCUGGCGCAGUACCACGCCAAAGACCCCAACAACCUCUUCAUGGUCCGACUCGCACAGGGUCUGACUCACCUGGGUAAAGGCACGCUGACGCUCUGCCCGUAUCACAGUGACCGGCAGCUCAUGAGUCAGGUGGCCGUUGCUGGGCUGCUCACCGUCCUCGUGUCCUUCCUGGACGUCAAAAACCUAAUCCUGGGAAAGUCUCAUUAUAUCCUGUACGGUCUGGUGGCGGCGAUGCAGCCUCGUAUGCUGGUCACGUUUGAUGAGGAGCUCAGACCGCUACCGGUGUCCGUCCGGGUCGGACAGGCAGUAGAUGUGGUCGGUCAGGCUGGUAAACCCAAAGCCAUCACCGGUUUCCAGACACACACCACGCCGGUGCUGCUGGCCCACGGGGAGCGAGCAGAGCUGGCCACAGAGGAGUUCAUCCCUGUUACUCCCAUCCUGGAGGGCUUCGUCAUCCUGCGCAAAAACCCCAACUACGAUGCAUAGACACACACAUCCACUCACAUACUGAAACACUCACAUAUAUACACACUCAGAAACGGGACCUCUGACACACACAUACACGCUCAUCUGCCGUAUUUAAAGUCUUCUCAUCCUCACGAUGCCCUUCAAUCUUUCUCCCAGACAGAAAGACAAUUAAUUAACGUUACUGUGACGUUUCCUCCUCCUCUUCAUCAUCAUUUUGUAAUUAGAGCAUGAAGCGAGCGUGAGUUUAUGCUGAUUAAAACAUGUUUUGCUUGUUUUUGUUACUUGUGACUCCUGUAAAAGUUUGAGAUACAAAAUUAAAACAAUUGUGGUCAAACCAA